AAGGUUUAUUCGAAUAUGAAAUCCAAUCUUGGAAAUACAACAUCCCACUUUUUUUUUACUACCCAGGGUUUCGAUACAUUUCGCAAUCGAGAAAUCUCUACUGGUGCAGGUUCUAUCCGAGAACAAUUAGCCGAUCUAGAUUUACGAAUUAUUAUAGAGAAUUCGUUGGUGGAAUGGGAAGAAUUGGGGGAAGAAAGGCACAAAGGGAAUGAAUGGGAAGAUCGAAAGGUUGGAAGAAGAAAGGACUUUUUGGUUAGACGCGUGGAAUUGGAUAAGCAUUUUAUUCAAACAAAUAUAGAGCCAGAAUGGAUGGUUUUGUGUCUAUUACCAGUUCUUCCUCCUGAGUUGAGACCGAUCAUUCAGAUAGAUGGGGGUAAACUAAUGAGCUCAGUUAUUAAUGAACUCUAUAGAAGAGUUAUCUAUCGGAACAAUACCCUUACCGAUCUAUUAACAACAAGUAGAUCUACGCCAAGAGAAUUAGUAAUGUGUCAGGAGAAAUUAGUACAAGAAACCGUGGAUACACUUCUUGAUAAUGGAAUCCGGGGACAACCAAUGAGGGACGAUCAUAAUAAAGUUUACAAGUUGUUUUCUGAUGUAAUUGAAGGCAAAGAGGGAAGAUUUCAUGAGACUUUGCUUGGCAAACGAGUUGAUUAUUCAGGAUGUUCUGUCAUUGUCGUGGGUCCUUCACUUUCAUUACAUCAAUGUGGAUUGCCUCGUGAAAUAGCAAUAGAACUUUUCCAGACAUUUGUAAUUCGUGGUUUAAUUAGACAACAUCUUGCUUCGAACAUAGGAGUUGCUAAGAGUAAAAUUCGAGAAAAAGAGCCGAUUGUAUGGGAAAUCCUUCAAGAAGUUAUGCAGGGACAUCCUGUAUUGCUGAAUAGAGCACCCACUCUGCAUAGAUUAGGCAUACAGGCAUUCCAGCCCGUUUUAGUGGAGGGGCGCGCUAUUUAUUUACAACCAUUAGUUUGCAAGGGAUUAAAUGCCGAUUUUGAUGGAGAUCAAAUGGCUGUUCAUGUACCUUUAUCCUUGGAGGCUCAAGUAGAGGCUCGUUUACUUAUGUUUUCUCAUAUGAAUCUUUUGUCUCCGGCUAUUAGGGAUCCCAUUUCCGUACCAACGCAAGAUAUGCUUAUUGGACUCUAUGUAUUAACGAGCGGAAAUCAUCGAGAUAUUUGUGUAAAUAGAUAUAAUCCAUGUAAUCGCAGAAACUAUUAAAAUAAAA